AGGGAGGGAGGGAGAGAGAGAGUAAGUUUACACUUAAGCAGGAUCAAGGAAGCAGAGGAGAGCAUUCAUGCGAAGAAGGUUGGGAUUUGACGGACAUUUAGGACAAACCAUGUGAGGCAAGUUUUACAGGGAGUUUACAGCACUGGCACUGUGAGAAAAGAGAUGUCUGGGAAGUGCUUUACACUCUGUGACCUCUUUUGAACUGGUUACCUUUUUUAAAAGAGCCAUGUGAAGAAUUGCCUGAUGGAAGAGUGAACUGGCAGUGGAUGAGCUUAUGUAAACAUUUUCUACUGAGAUACCAACAGCAGCACUGUCUCAGUGGCCCUGUGCCUGAGAAGGAGGUCACCAUGAUCUCCACAGCUCUCCGCUGGCUGGUCCUGGUGUCUUUCAUCAUUCUGACCAUUGGUGGGAAUGUGCUGGUGUGUUUGGCUGUGGGGCUCAGUCGCCGACUGUGGCGCAUUGCUAACUGCUUUGUGGUGUCCCUGGCAGUGACAGAUCUCCUGCUAGGCCUGCUGGUGCUGCCCUUCUCCGCCACUGUGGAGCUGCGCAGCGGGAAUUGGCCCCUCGGAGGAGCCCUAUGUAACAUCUACAUCUCACUGGAUGUCAUGCUGUGUACAUCUUCCAUCCUGACCCUGCUGGCCAUCAGUGUGGACCGAUACCUAGCUAUUUCAGCUCCCCUUAGCUACUCCCGGAGAGUUACUCCUCUAAGGGUGACACUGGCCAUGAUCGCCAUCUGGGCCUUGUCACUAGCUGUGUCCUUUGUGCCCAUCCACCUGGGCUGGAAUACAGCGGACUACUUAGUGCAACACUUGGACUGGGACAUGGGGGAUGAGGACAAGGAGGGACGCUACUGCCAGUUUGAAUGGAAUAACAACUAUGUUCUCAUUUACACGUUUGGCACAUUUUACCUGCCUCUGCUGCUUAUGUGUGGAAUGUAUCUUUGCAUAUUCAGAGUGGCACGAGAACAGGUGCGGCGUAUUCAAGCUGCCACUCCAUCAUUUGCACGCACAGCAUCAACUGCAGCCAUCGCCAGAGAGCACAAAGCUACAGUGACCCUGGCAGCUGUGCUGGGGGCCUUUGUCAUCUGCUGGUUCCCCUACUUCACCUUCUUCACCUGCAUGGGCAUAAGGGAAAAGACAAACCCACCUAAUACACUUAACUCUGUGGUGCUGUGGCUGGGCUAUUUUAACUCAGCUCUUAACCCCAUCCUGUAUCCAGCCUUCAACAGGGAUUUCCGCAGGGCCUAUGGAGAGCUGCUUCGCUGUAGAAGACUGUCUCACAGAAAACUGCAGCUUACCCGUGUGUCUGUGCAUAAACGAUUGACCUUUAGUAACGGACAAAGGGUUUUCCAACAGUCUGAGAAACAUAAAGACACAGUUAAUAAAGAAACUGAGGGAAAGAGCCUCACAUAUGAGAGGAAUGGUCCCUGAUGAGCCAAGGUAAAACGCCAUGUAUCUGUAGUUCCACUGCUGGACUGUAGACAAAAUGUUGUAAGCUACAAACUUUUUCCACAAGUCACAGUUCCAGAUUAGCUAACCAUUUACAGUAUCACUUAGAUAUUUAGUGUAUAGUGCCAAAGAUAAUACUUGUGUAAAAUUCAAGGCACAAUAUGAUGAAUGUACAUAGAUUUUUUUGUUUGUGUUGUGGAUAAAAAAAAAAUACAUGACUCAAAUCAAUGUGCUUAAUUUAAAAGUGCCCAGCGCUUAUGAUCAGAUAUAAUCAUGAUGAUGACAAUGUCUGUUUAUUAGACACCGACCGUGUAUUUUAAAGUAGACAGUAGCAGGCAGAGCAGAGCUGAGUGGAGUGAAUAGAUGACUCAAUAAGUGUCCCAGUAAGCUGCAUGGAGACACAGGUGGUUAAAAUUUUGCAAAUGGUUUAUUUUCUCUCCCCUCAACCCUGCCAGUGAGAGUGAAUGAGUGACCAGCAUGUUUGAUAUGUACAAAUUGUCUAUGUUUGACUUGACCCAAGCAGGAGGACCUUAAGGACUUCCUGGAUGUUUCAGCAGAUUACCUGAAACUCGACCAAACUUUCCCUUAUUAAAAAGGAUUUUUUUGUAUUACUUGUGGAUACUUUUAACACUCUAACGCUAGGGCCACACCGCCCGCGGAAGCGCCGCGAAUAGCCUCGAAGCGCCGAGAAGAGAAGGCAGUUUCCUUUCGGCGCCCAUGUUAACCGACUGUGUGCGAUCAGUUCGGCGUCUGGUCUAUUUUCUGCGCGAGCCGCGAGCGAAUCUGACAAGCCAGGCAGUGAAAAACAAGAGCUGGGAGCAGAAUCGCUUUUCGACGGCGUGGAGAAAUGCGCAUCUGAUGUGAACGGAGGUGCUCCGGCACGCGCGAGAAUUUCGGUGUGCUGCGCUUCCGCGGGCAGUGUGGCCCUGGCGUAACCCUCUGAGUUAUGAUGGGGACUGGUUGCAUUAAUGAAGUCAAAUCAAUAAAGCUGUUCAUAACAAGUCCAACGUAUUUUUAAAAGGAAAGUUCAUCCCCAAAUCAAAAAUAUAUAUUUUUGCUAAUACCUUUAUUGCUAUUUAUCAAUCUGGAUUGUUUUGGUGUGAGUUGCAGAGUUUUGGGGAUUAAACUUCAUCGAACUAGAUGGCACUCAGCUUGUGGCGCUCAAAGCACAAAAAAAUUCAUUUGAUGAACUCAACAGAAAUAGCCCCUUUUCCACCAACAUUUCCAAGAACUGGUAAUCUGCGUGGUUUGCAUUUCCACCGCACCUCAAAUCUCUGGAAAAUGUAUUCAAAUUAGCGUGAUGACGAAGAUGAUUCGGUGUGUGCCCUGUAUUUGGCUUCACCAGCUUGUUUACUGGUAACAUAGUGCUGGUGUAGAGAGUUGGGGCUGUUUGUCUCAGCCAGCAGCUAAGUUUGAAAGUAUUUUAAGAUAAGUGUCAAACUAAGAUAGCCUACAUACAGACUGCUGUCAUUUGAGCUUGUUAGUAACAAUUCGCUAUCAGCUGAACUAUCUUGCUGUCCUUGUGUAAAACAUAACGUUAGUGACGGUGGAUGAGAGACUGUGGAUGGAGCAUAUUGAAUAUCGCUGUCUACAUGUUUACAUGUUCAUGCUUGCUGAACACAUGUAUUGAUAAAGUAUUGGCUUCUUACUCGCUUACAGUAACAAGUGUAGUUGCCGUCAACUCAAGUAAUUUUCGAGUUAUGUUCACUUCGUUUCCACCGCGGCCGUUCAGCUGUUCACCGGUUACCGUGUCGUGUCGGUGUAUGUGUGGAUGUGUGUGUGUGUGUCCGGAACAGAGAGCAGAGGAGAACCGAUACCGUUAGCGCUGAUCAAUACUACGGUCUUUGAUAAUUUAGCCCCGGGGCUAAUUCAGUACUGGGUUUCGGUACCCAUCCUUAAUCAAAACACAAACGAAGUGAAGCUUGUAGAAAUUUAAUAAAGUUUGCAGCAGCUGCCCGUGCCAGGAAGUGUGGAACGCUGCAAGUGUGAGUCCACCAAUCAGCGUUCUUCAGCAAACAGCCCCGCCCCUCAAGAAUUGCGGGUAAUCUGAAAAGUCCCACCCCCCCACACACACACAAAAUCCCAGGUAAUUGAUAAAAGUUCCUGCGGUGGAAAAGGGGCUAAUGUCCCUUUACAGAAAUAAUGAAUCACUUUCUGAAGAUGAUCCU